AUGGCCUUCGGCAAGCUCUACGGUCUCCCGACCAACCCUCGCACCAUCUCCAUCCUGGUCGCUGCCAAGCACAACGACCUUGAUGUCGAGCUGGUUCAGACUGAGCCCAACAGCGCCGCUGCUUUCAACGCCGGUGCUGAGUACCGCAAGAUCCAGCCCCUUGGCAAGAUCCCUGCUUUCGAGGGUGCCAAUGGCUUCACUCUCUCCGAGGCUCUCGCCAUCGCCAUCUACGUGACCUCCCAGAACGAGAAGACCACCCUUCUCGGAAAGACCAAGCAGGACUAUGCUUCCAUCGUCCGCUGGAUGUCUUUCGCUAACGGCGAGCUCCUCCCCCGCCUUGGCUCCUGGUACCGCCCCCUCCUGGGCCUCGAGGGCUACAACAAGAAGACCGUCGAUGAGGCCGCCAAGGCUGCCCUCAAGGCCACUGACGUCCUCGAGACUCACCUCACUGCCAACACCUACCUGGUCGGUGAGCGCAUCACCCUGGCUGAUAUCUUCACCGCCGCUCUCAUGACCCGCGCUUUCGCCAACGUCCUGGACAAGAAGUUCCGUGAUGCCAACCCCGCUGUCACCCGCUGGUACAACACCAUCGUCAACCAGUCCGCCUUCAAGGCUGUUGUCCCUGAGGCCAAGCUCGUUGCCGAGUGCAUCAAGUACACUCCCCCCAAGAAGGAGGAGAAGCCCAAGGCUGCUGCUCCCGCCGCUGAGGAGAAGCCCGUCGAGGCCCCCAAGCCCAAGCACCCCCUCGAGGCUCUUGGCAAGCCCACCCUCAUCCUUGAUGAGUGGAAGCGCCAGUACUCCAACGAGGACACUCGCCCCGUUGCCCUCCCCUGGUUCUGGCAGAACUUCAAGGCCGAUGAGUACUCUCUCUGGAAGGUCGACUACAAGUACAACGAGGAGCUCAAGCUCACCUUCAUGGCCAACAACCUGAUCGGUGGCUUCCACGCUCGUCUUGAGGCCUCCCGCAAGUACCUCUUCGGUGCCCAGGGUGUCUAUGGUACCAACUACAACUGCGUCAUCAAGGGUGUCUUCAUGACCCGUGGUCAGGAGUUCGCUCCCGCCUUCGAUGUCGCCCCCGACUGGGAGAGUUACGACUUCGUCAAGCUCGACCCCAGCUCCGAGGCUGACCGCAAGUACGUUGAGGACAUGUGGGCCUGGGACGUCCCCGUCACCGUUAACGGUGAGGAGAAGGCCUUUGCCGACGGCCACGUCUUCAAAUAA